UCUCUCUGUUUCUACCAAGGUCGUCACAAGUCACAAUGGAUAUUGUGAAGUCGAUAUUAGAAAAGGAUGAAGGAAAAGAAGAUUUAAGUAAAUCCACGGAGGUAAACAUGGAAUUCGAUAUCGAUCUGGGAACUCUGCUCAUGUCCGAUUAUAACGCUUUGGAUGCAAAGGCUCUCAAGUCACAAUCAAAUUCAUACUUGAAAAACCUAACGAGAGACAACGUACAGCUGCUGAUCAAUAAGAUCUGGGAGUUGCCGAUAGAACGAGUGGACGAAGCUAUAGUGGCUAAGUUACCCAAACCUGACUAUGUAUUGCCACGCUCACGUGUUAUUCCGAAACCCAAGCCUUUGACAAAGUGGCAGCAAUUUGCCAAAGAGAAGGGAAUUCGAACUAAAAAGAAGGGUAAAUCCAAACUGAAGUGGGACGAAAUAUUGAAGAAAUGGAUUCCAACACACGGUUACAAACGAGCAACGGCUGAGGAACAGAAGGAAUGGUUAAUAGAGGCCAAGGAUAAUUCGACUGAUGAUCCAUUUGCUAAAGUUAAAACAGCUAAACAGGAAAGGCAAUCCAAAAACGAAUUGCAAAGACUUCGCAAUAUAGCCAAGUCAAAAAAUAUUAAAUUACCAAGCGUUGGUUUACCUACCAGAGAACACUUUUCGAGUUCUCAACAGCUUUCUAAAGCUGCAACUGUAGCGCAUACAUCUACUGCGUCUAUUGGAAAAUUCCAGUCUAGGAUACAGCAGCCCAUAAAAAUUAAUAAAAAGAGGAAGGGCGCAUUAAAAACCAAAACCAGUAAAUCUGCUAAAAAGCCGAAGGCGGGUAAAGGCAAGCGGGAUUUGCACAAGAAGGUUGGCGGUAGAAAGCGAAGAUAAAUUGACAUGUCUGUAACAAUAUCUGUAAUAAAAUUA